CACUAACACUUGCUCAUAUUUUCUAUCUAACACUCUUAACUAUGGCAAAACAUAUCUACAAACAAGUAUUCACAUCCUUCAUCUUCUUGUCUGUCUUACUUAACCAAUCCAAUGCCGUCUCAUCUUUCCGAAACCUAGCAAAACCAUGCAAGCGUUUCGUCGUCCACCUCCAUAACGUUGCUUACGACGGUAAUAACACGGCUAAUGCCACGUCAGCAACAGUCGUGAAGCCUGUAGGACUAGGAGACUUUAGUUUCGGGAAUUUUAUAAUAAUGGACAACCCUGUGACAAUGGACGAGAACUAUCUUUCGAAACCGGUGGCUCGUGCUCAAGGCUUCUUCUUCUACCACGGUAAGUGGAAAUUUGACAGUUGGCUCUCUUUUUCAGUAGUAUUCAAUUCAACAAAACACAAAGGGGCAUUGAACAUAAUGGGUGAAAAUCCGUUUAUGGAGCCGACCAGAGACUUACCGGUCGUUGGUGGGACUGGUGACUUCAUCAUGACUCGUGGGAUCGCUACGUUGACGACAGAUCUCAUUCAAGUCCCGAAGUAUUUCCGUAUCAAAAUGGAUAUUAAACUCUAUGAAUGUUACUAUUAGAGUUACUAGUAAUACAUAUUUCUUGUGCUUGAUGUUUCUGAGUUGAUAAUCUUGUUCCGAUGUGUGUUUGUUGGCAAUUUAUUGCUUUUCUCUGUUUAUGUACGUUGUUCCAAGUUCCAAUAAAUGUUGUAUUCAAAUCUGUUUGCAACGGGCUCUUUAAUAAAACAGUCUCUUGUUUUACCAA